AUGGAGGGGGGGGGCCGCCCCAGGGCGCCCUGCGAGGAGUGCGGGGAGAAAAACAUACGCAUGGUGAAGCCCUCCGACAGGAAGAAGCUCUGCAGGGACUGCUUCACGGAGGGCUUCGAAGAACACGUGCACGAGACCAUCCUAAAGAAACGCAUGUUCGAAGAGAAAGACAAAAUCUGCAUUGCCGUGUCAGGCGGAAAAGACUCUAGUGUCCUAGCACACGUGCUUGUUCAAAUUAGGAGGAAGCACAACUACAAGUGGGACCUAUUCCUCUUGGCCAUCGAUGAGGGUAUAAAAGGCUACCGGGAUGACUCCCUAAAAAUUGUUUUUAAGCUUCAGGAGAAGUACCAUCUCCCCCUCAAAGUCCUAAAAUUCGAAGACAUCUUCACCUACACCAUGGACGCCGUUGUUAGUUUUAUUGGGAAGAAGAACAACUGCACCGUUUGCGGUGUGUUUCGGAGACAGGCAAUGGAGAGGGGUGCACUACUGUUUAAUGCCACCAAGCUGGUGACGGGGCAUAAUGCAGACGACUUGGCGGAGACCAUUCUGAUGAACAUGUGCAGGGGCGACUUGGAGAAGCUCGCCAAGGGCGUGGAGGGGGCGGCGGCGGUGGAGAGAGAAGAAGUGGCCAAAGAAGAGGUGGCCAAAGAAGAGGUGGCCAAAGAAGAGGUGGCCAAGGAAGAGGCGGCCGAAGUGGCCACCUGCUGCGGCGGCGAGUGCGCGCGGGGAGAAGCCUCUACAGAGCGGGGGCAGAGGCCCCCAAGUGGAAUGGACACUCGAGGCGCCCGAAUGGAAGCUUCUCCCCCCACCCAUGGGGAGCCCGCCCCACCCGAAGAGGAGCACCCGUUCUUCCUCCCCCGACUGAAGCCCCUCAUGUGGUGCUACGAAAAGGAAAUCGUUCUAUACGCAUUUUACAAACAGCUGGACUACUUCAGCACAGAGUGCACCUACUCCCCCAACUCAUUCCGCGGGAACUUGCGGAGCUUCAUAAAAGACCUGGAGAUGAUUAACCCGCAGUUUAUCCUUAACAUCAUUCACUCGUCCGAAUUUUUCUACCACAACAGCAGCAGGAGGAAGGUGCUCCAGGUGUGCGCGAGCUGUGGCGCCUACACGUCCAACCCUGUUUGCAAAGCUUGCCUCAUCGUGGAGGGGCUGCGAAAUUAUAAGGACAACUCGUUUCUCUACGCCAACAAGAAGAAGGGGGAGAAGGGGGAGAAGGGGCAGAGGCGCCGCAUCCCCAUACGGUACGACGGGGGGGCCGCGGCAGGUGUGGAAGGUGCCAAGAGCGAUGGUAGUGGUAAAGCGGGGGGUGGAGCGGAAGCUCCUGCUUAG